UCAAAUAUUCUCCCGAUGAUUGGAAAGGCAAAGUGGAAAACUUUAUUGAGAUUCCUCCUUCUUACACUUCUAACGGAUCACAGUAUGUGUGAAAGCGUAUCGGAAGUUCCCGAGAUUCUGGAAAUGGCGGAGGAAGUACUGGAAGCGGAAGGAGACCACAUCAAAGGGGACACGGACGAAGGACCAGACAUGGAGGACAUGUGGAUCCACUACGCCCUACUCGACUUGGCAUAUUAUCUCAGGUCGCAUAAGUUCAAUGAAUACGACAGGAGGUAUAUUACAGAUGAAGAAAAAGCGGUGAAGGAAUAUUACAAAAGAUUCCCUGAACCUCCCUUGCGUACCUUCCAAUGGGAGGUACACAAAAGGUGCUCUCUCGGCUUUAUAGAGUGCUUGAAGUACAGCACCGAGAUCACUAACGUGGCGCUGUUGCAGAAAGACGCAGACCCAUACUAUAUUGCGAGGAAAAAGGGGUGGACCUACAGCAGGAACAGAGAUGAGAUCGCGAGGACGAACACAGAGUGCCAGAGAUUGUUCAAGGAAGAUUGGGAGUCGCCAGUGCCGUUCGUGGGGCCCAUCCAUCGCUUCCAAUGGCGGACGACCAUGUCCUACUACAUGUGUCUCUUUACACUUCGGGAACACCCAGAUCUAUCCCUGUUCGGUGAACCUUGCAAUAAUUACGCCAACUGCUGGAUGGAUGGGAAACCGGAUGGUUUAUCCGAUCCGAGAGCCGACGACCGAGUACCCUUCAACUGUGCUCGCUUCAGCUUUUGCCCUGACCCGUGUUGUCCGAUCAAAGAAAUAUCUAGCUUCAAAGAUUGCGACAAGGACAGAAGCAACCCCUGUCCAGUGGACAUUCACAACAGAACUUGUGUUCUCGAAGUGCAAAAGAACUUUAACUUGCAGUCCAUGGCGAAGAACCAUUGGAACCUCACCUGCCACUGCAAAGAGAAGGGUACGAGGUGGGAAUCCAGGUUCGGGCUCUGCGUGGACAUAAACGAGUGCGAGGAAGGGCACCACAACUGCAGCGAGGGGUUCGAGACCUGCCUCAACCUUAAGGGCUCCUACCGCUGCUGCUGCGCCUUCGGCUACUAUUGGAACUCCAACAACGGAUCCUGUGACCCCAUGCAGAGUAUCAUAGAUCGCGUCAACGAGGCAACUUUAAUUCAACGGCCGGACAAGUCGGAAUUGAGGAAGGGUGGCCACAGGAAACAUUUAAAGAAAUUAUUUUUCUGGCAGCGAAAACAGGAAGAGACCACCGAGGCGACCAUUCUAAAAGCCAAUAGCCAUGGCAGCAGCAUCUUGUCCCCAUCCCUGCCAUUUUGUUUCAUUUUAUUAAUUUCAGUUUGUAAUUUGAUUUUGACAGGAUCCGAUUCAUCCGUUACAUCUUAG